AUGGCACCGAGUGCGGAACCAAGGGCCGAACUGGCACCGCUCCCCAAGGCGGACGGCUCCGCCACAUACUCGUACGGCGGCUACACGGUGACCAGCGCGGUCAACGGACCGAUCGAGGCUGGUCGGCGCGAUGAGAAUCCGUUUGAGGCCAUCGUCGACGUCAACGUCCGUCCCGCGGCAGGCGUAGGAGGCACGGCGGAGAGACUGCUCGAGUCCAUCCUGCAGCGCGCGCUGCGGCAGCUCAUCCCCAUCAGGAGCUUCCCGCGGACCAUGAUCCAGAUCACGCUGCAAGUCACGGAGACGCCCGAAAACGCCUACGUCAACACCAAAGUGGUUCAAGCCCAGCUGGACCUCGCCAUCAUCCCGGCGCUGCUGCACGCCGCCAUCCUCGGCCUGCUCACGGCUUCCGUGCCUCUUAAGACGGUGGCCACGGCCGUGACGCUCGCCGUGCGCGCCGCCGACGGGCACGUCGUCGCGGACCCGGACGCGCGGACCGCCGAGACCGCGCGGUCGCUGCACGUCCUGGGCUACGCCGCCGCCGACGGCGGCGACGACGCCGACGACGGAGAGCUGCUGCUGGCGGAGAGCCAGGGCGCCUUCACGGUGGUCGAGUGGGAGGCGGUGCUCAAAAAGGGCGAGGAGGUGUGCUGCCGGGCGGUGCGGCGGGGGCUGGAGGAGGAGGACACGGCCAUGGCGGACGCUGGUGAGGCGCCGAGCAUACGCGCGUUUAUCCGGUCGGUGAUGGAGACCAAGAUUGCGCAGGAUCUGUCAUGGAAGUGA